UGAUGAAGAUGAGGGCUGUCCAGGGCAGCGGAGACUACUGCCUCCUGAAGAUUUUUCAUUAGCAGAGAGUUUGUCUCCUCAGACAGAAGAGACAGAGGACGGCGAACCUGCAAAGAGUUUUCAAGCAAGUAUUGAAGAGAGGAUGGGGUACCCCUCAAUCAGCAGCCUUGAUGAGCCUGCUGCCUCGCGGAUGUUCAAGCAUUUGGUGAUGUUUGGGGGAGCGAUGGAGAUAACCAGACCCCUCACCGUUCAAGGGGAUGUGGAUAAGCCAGUCUUAGGGACUUAUCUGGUAACAUGUGAUCCAAAAUAUCCACUGACCGCUGUUGAGUCUGUUUAUUCUCUUCAAAAAUCUAUUCGGGAGGACGUCGCCACUCUUCUAGCGGAGAACGUCUCCAAUGCUCUAGAGAGUUUGAUGUUUUCUGAGGAUUCAGGGAAGAACCCUAUCUGUUCAAUGAACGUCAGGAAGUUCGGCCAUUUGGAGGUCCAGCUGCUGAACUCGGUACAGCACAGUCCUUUGGAUGCGCCUGCCCCCUCUUCUUCUGCACAGCGUCCAUUGAUUCCUGUUAAGGAGGAGAUGAAGGUAACAACGACGGCGGAGGCAGCGGAGCAGAUAGAUGAGAAGAUAUCCAGAGGAAGAGGGGUUUUGACGUGCCAUUUGGAAGACAUGGAUCUGACUGUCGUGGUCACCCAACCUUUCUUUGAGUGCAUGGAGAGCAGAGACAGCCGAGAAGUAGAGCCCAUGAAGUAA